GCGGUCCACGCCUCGCGCCGCCUUCCGCGGCCGCCGCCAUGCGCUGUCGUCCGUAGCCGCCAGGCAGCAGCGCGGUACUCGCGCCGCCUUCCACCCGCCCUCGCGCAGGUCCUGGCCUCAGGGCUGCAGAUCCGCCCGAGGAGGCAGCGGCUCCGUCCCUGGGGGCCACGGAUCCGGCCGAUGGAGCACCGGAGCAGCCCCUAGGAGCCGUCGGAGAAGAACGCCGCCGCCGCCCGCACAACGCGCCAGGACGCUUCCCGGCUGAGACGCCCCGCCGCCUCCCUCCUUGCUGGUGCCGGGCUUCCGGUCCCCAGCUCGGGCGACCGCGAGGAGGAGGGGGAGGAGGGAGGAAGCCCGGCGGCGGUGCUGCGAGGUUCCCCCGUGCCACCUGCGGGACGCGGGGGGCGGUGGAACAUCCUCGAGUGUUUAAGAAUUAAGACCUGCAAAACUGGCCGUAUUAGGCCCAGAUCAACUUCCUUUCCACCAGCCCGCUACACGCCUGUCACCACCACCAGCAGGCACUACCAUCACGCGGCUCCACGCCACGACGCCCCGCGCUGGCGCCGCCAUUUCGUCGAACACCUGGUUGGCGGUCGUCCCCGGAGCACCGCCGCUCCCUCCGGCACGAUGCCGCGGCUGGCGAUCGGGAUGGCGAGGACCUCGGCGGAACGAAGUCAUCACGUAUAAGUGGAGGGGCGACGAGGACAAGAAAGAGGUCAGCGCGGCACCGCGGUUCAAGGGGCGGGGGGCCAAGAAAGAGGCCACCGAGAUCGUUUGGGCAUUUCCGUGGAACCGACCCGGCGUGACAUUGCAUUUACCCCUUAUAAAUUCUCGAAUCAGCAAGCCGCCGUAACCGUUUCCGCACGGGAGAAUUUCAAAGCCUGAGAACUCCGGGGAGGAGGAAUGGAGGAACGAGGGCGCAGCGCGACGCCGACACCGCAGCCGCGCACCUCCCCGCUCGCCGCGGCGGCGCGGCCGUCGUGGAGGGACGUCCCCGACAACAUCCUCGUCCGCAUCUCCGCCUUCCUCCGCUGCCACGCUGACCGCGUCCACAUGGCCUGCGCCAGCAAGCUGUGGAGCGCCGCGGUGCGGGGGCUAGGGCGCCCGCCGCCGCUCGUGCUGCCCCCGCUCCCACCGCUGCCGCCCCAGCUCCCGUGGCUCAUCUUCCCCAACACAGCGACGCCCACCUUCUACAGCCCGAUCGCCCGCCGCCACCACCGGCUCGGCCGGCUCCCGCCCGACGUCCGCCGCGCGCGCUGCUGCGGCUCGGGCGACGGCGGUUGGCUCGUCCUCGCGCUCGACUCGCGCCACUCGCACGCGCUCUACAACCUCAACACCAGCCGGCGCAUCGCGCUCCCGUCGACCUUCACGACCCCGGCGGACCAGGACUUACCGCUGGUCGUGCGCGCCGCCACGAUCUCCGCCCCGCCGUCCGGCACCGACCGGUACAUGGUCGCCGCCAUCGUGCUCGUCGGCAACCGUUCCACCGCCGCGUUCUGGAGCGAGGGCAGCGAGAGCUGGUUCUCGACGGGGGCUCUGCUGGAUGCGAGGCCGCAGGAUGCCAUCUACCACGGGGGCGCCCGCGCCUUCUUCUUCGUCACAUCCCGCGAGGACGUCGUCUCGUUCCGGCCGACGUACGGCUGGAACAACAACGUGAACCUGGCCCGCGUGGACUACGACAUGCAGCCGCGGGGGGACUACGCCGACGACGUCGGCUUCCUCGAAGAGACGGGCCUGGGCACGAUGAGGCGAUACCUCGUGGAGUCCCGGGGGCGCCUGCUCAUGGUCGUCAGGUGCUUCUACUACGAGGGCGGCCGCACGGAGGUGAUCCGGGUUUUCGAGUUCCACGUCAAGCCUCCGGCGGGCAACGGCCAGCGGCCUUGCGCGACCUGGAAGCACCUAGGCACCGGACUGGAUGGCCGGAUGCUGUUCCUGGGGCGGGGCUGCUCCAGGUCCUUCGAGGUCGCUCGCUACGAUGGGUUCCAGGAGUCCAUGAUCUAUUUCCUGGACGACGGCUUGGUCUCCGUGCCAUCGGUGGACGACAGGACGCUGUACUCCUUCACCGACAUGGGCAGGUACGACAUGGGGGGGAUUGCCACCGCGCCAUGGCCUGUGGGUCUCUACCCGACCAGGUCCGACAAUGCUCCCCCAACCUGGUGGCUCCAUUGACCUGACGAUUCUUGCAUCCUUCGUCUUACGAUCUUCCCUUAACGAUCAAUCGUGCACUGCACGCUUUGUUGCGCAUACUAUGCUGGCGUAUUUCGGUGGCUGUUGUGUCCUCUCGUCCAUGUGUACUGCGAGGUGCUGAGACAUUUGGUAUGGUUAAUUGUGGUAUGUGAG